UGCUAUAAAAGCCUGAGCUCCCUCCAGGACAGUCGGCUGACCUGAAGACUCUGCUGUUCAACAUGAAGGCUUUUCUCCUCGUGGCGCUGCUUGGGUGUCUCGCGACUGUGUUCGCCGCUCCCCUUGAGAAGGUGAAAUGGUGCGUCAAGUCGGAACAAGAAUUUCUGAAAUGUUCGAGCCUCGAAGCCAAAACUUCGGUGUUCGCCUGCGUGAGGAAAGACAGCACUUUGAGCUGCAUCACGGCAAUAAGGGCUGGUGAAGCUGAUGCCAUCACUUUGGAUGGAGGGGACAUCUACACUGCUGGACUGAACAACUACGACCUGCAGCCCAUCAUUGCUGAGGACUACGGCACCUCCUCAGAAACCUGUUACUACGCUGUAGCUGUUGUGAAGAAGAACAGUGGAUUUAACUUUAGUCAGCUCCAGGGGAAGAGGUCCUGUCACACUGGUUUGGGGAAAUCUGCAGGCUGGAACAUUCCCAUUGGAACUCUGGUGUCCAUGGAUUUGAUUCAUUGGGAAGGCAUUGAAGACAAACCAGUAGAGGAGGCGGUGAGCGAGUACUUCUCAUCCAGCUGUGCCCCAGGAGCAGUCCCUGGCAGCAAACUGUGCAAGCAGUGCAAGCACGACUGCUCGCGGACCCACUCGGAGCCUUACUAUGACUACUCCGGAGCUUUCCAGUGUCUGGCAGAGGACGCUGGAGACGUGGCUUUUGUGAAGCAUCUCACUGUACCAGAUUCUGAAAAGUCCAAAUAUGAGCUUCUGUGCAAGGAUAACACCAGAGCGCCUAUUGACAACUAUCAAACCUGCCACCUGGCCAAAGUGCCUGCUCAUGCUGUUGUCACCCGCAAGGACCAACAGCUGGCCGACUUCAUCUGGGAAAGCCUCAAUUCAGUUCAGUCUUCUGACCUCUUCUCAUCUGAAGCCUAUGCACCUUCCAAAAAUCUGAUGUUCAAAGACUCCACAGUGAGACUGGUGAGGGUGCCACCAAACACCGACUCCUUCCUCUACUUGGGUGCUGAAUACAUGAGCAUUGUCCGUUCCCUUAAGAAAGAGCAGAUUGCUGGCACCUCAUCCAGUGCCAUUAGAUGGUGUGGUGUGGGCCACGCAGAGACGAGCAAGUGCGACACGUGGAGUAUCAACAGUGUGGGUGAUGACGGCUCCACUCUUGUUGAAUGCGUGAGAGGCAACACAGUUGAAGAGUGCGUGUCAAAGAUCAUGCGUAAAGAGGCUGAUGCGAUGGCAGUGGAUGGAGGACAGGUGUACACAGCUGGAAAGUGUGGUCUGGUUCCAGUUAUGGCAGAGCAGUAUGAUGAAGGGCUGUGCGGCACAUCUGGAGCCACAGCUUCCUACUAUGCGGUUGCUGUUGUAAAGAAGAAUUCUGGAGUGACAUGGGAGACCCUGAAGAAUAAAAGGUCUUGCCACACAGGCGUGGGCAGAACUGCUGGCUGGAACAUCCCGAUGGGUCACAUCCACAAACUGACUCAAGACUGUGACUUCACUAAGUUCUUCAGCAGUGGCUGUGCCCCCGGGUCAGAAUCCAGCUCCCCUUUCUGUAGUCAGUGUGCGGGCAGCGGCAAAGCUGUGGGAGACGAGUCCAAGUGCAAAGCCAGUGCUGAAGAGCAGUACUACGGCUACGCUGGAGCCUUUAGAUGUCUUGUUGAGGAUGCUGGCGAUGUUGCAUUCAUCAAACACACAAUCGUCCCUGAAAACAGUAAUGGCAAUGGUCCAUCUUGGGCUAGAUCUUUGAGGUCUGAAGAUUUCGAGCUGAUCUGCCCCGGAAAGGCUCCGGUGCCAAUCACUGAAUUCCAGUCUUGUCACCUUGCCAAGGUGCCUGCACACGCUGUGGUGACUCGUCCAGAGAGCCGCAACAAUGUGGUCACCACUCUCAACGACCAGCAGGGCAAGUUUGGUAACAGUGCCGGAGAUUUCACAUUCAAGCUGUUCCAGUCAGACAACGGCAAAAACCUCCUCUUCAAAGACUCCACCAAGUGUCUCCAAGAGGUUCAGGCUGGAACAAGCUUCGGCGCGUUUUUGGGGACAGAGUACAUGGAUGCCAUGAACUCACUCAGGGUUUGUGGUCAAUCCACUCCAGAUCUGGAGAAGUCUUGCACUUUCCAUUCCUGUCAGCAAAAAAAUUAACAGCCACCACGGACCGUGUGGUUCCUCAUCCAGCCAUCCAUGAUUCAAGCACCUUACCCACACUUCCCACACUCAUCUCAAAAAUUACAUUUUGUAUUUUCCUACUGAUCUUGUUGUAGACUUUUAUUUUUUUAGAGUAAAAACAACAAACGGAUACAUUACAUUACUCUCAGAACCUAUAAACAUCUCUUCUCUGACCAAUCACGCCUGCAUGUUUCUAUUUGAAUGCUUUUGAAUAAAAUGUUACACGACCAUGUCAUUGGAUCAACUUUUGUUUUGUUAACACGUGACUUUUCCCAAAUAAAGCUUUUUAAUGAUC